AUGACUGCCUCGGCUGUUGAACUGCCGGGCCAUCUCUACCUCGCUGCGCUUGAAGAACAGCUCCUGCUGGGAGCCUACCGCCGUCUGAGCGGGACGUCGGUAGGUGACCUGUGUCCUCCUGCGGCGACGAUGGCCACUCGCAAUGAUCUCAUUGCCCUGGCCCACAAACACCUUUGUGAUGUGGCAGCGCUUGACUCUGCCAUCACCGGCCAAGUCAUUGUCGACUUGCCUAGGCCGAUUGGGGCCAUGGAUGACGCCGCGCCUCCGGCGGAACAGCUGGCCUGGCAUACGCUGAGCGAGGCCAAGGGCUCUGUCUGGGCAGCGGUAAGGUCCGUGGUCCAGCUCCUGCGGUGGGACAAGGAUCCGCGGGCCUUUGCCAAUGGACAAUCCUUCACCUUGGGACUCUUUGCUAAGGGCGGACUACGCGGCCUGACACGCGCAACGCCGCACCACGCCAAUGUCUGCAGGCUCUUGAACCACAUGGUAAGUGAAGUGCUCCCUCUGCAUGAAUGGACCAGCUUGACACUGACCCUGGAUGAUGUGUGCGAACCACAUCUGGAUCGGGGAAACCGCGAAGGUCGCAGUUUGCUCGUUGGGCUUUCCAACCAUGAUCAGGGUGGGAUCUGGAUUGCCAACCAGGAUGGUGAUUGCUUUGCGGAGGUGGGGGACACCAUCUACGCCGGCGAGGUUUUCCAGACGAGUGCCAAGGCGGUCACCUUUGAUGCUAAGCGGCCACAUGGCCACGGCGAGCGGAGUAAGCAACUUCGGCUUACGACUGUGCAGCACCCCGGGGCUGCGGUAGGCUUGCUCGGGGAUUGCAUCUACACUGCUGCUCUACCUGUCGUGGAUCUAUGGGAGUUCAGCAUACGGUUCGGUGUCAUCGCCGAGCUCCGCAAUCAGACUUGGCUCGGAGGCGGUGAUGACAAGCUCUGGUCCAGGCCACUCUGCUGCGACUACCCAGGCAUAGCUGGCAGUACAUUGGAUGGCGAUCGAGGGGAAGGGCAGAUUGAUUGCGCGAUGUUGUUUGGCAACGUUGCGGAACAAUCCGUCGAGAGUGUUUCUGACGCUGUACAUAGCAGCACGCAGAUGAUACGAGGUGACAGCUCUUCUGUAUGUGAUCUGAACCAGAUGGAUUAG